AUGGCGGCGACGGUGCCGCCAGCAAACGAUGAACCGGGCAAACUCGACCCGCCUGUGGACCCGGCCGAUAGUGACCUAGAUGCGGAGGGCGAAGAAGAAACCGACUUGUAUGAAAUGGAUCAACAGCUCCAAGAUGCCGUUCACCGAGCAUACACUGGAGAAGUUGAUGGGGAUGGCCCGGAGGAAGGUGCGGAUGGAAACAACUCAAGCGUCAAUGGGUUGAAGGGAGAAGACGAUGACGACAAUGACGAGGACGAGCCUGUUGGAGCUGUCAAGCUACCUGACGACGACGCAGGUUCUGAAGAAGACUAUAGAGACUAUGCGGAGUCUGAGACAGGCGACGCGGAUGCCGAUCCCGGGUUUGAGGCAAAUGACCGCGACGCUUCAGAACCUGAAUCAAGUGACCACGAGUCAGAAGCCGAAGACUGGGAAGCUGAGAGUAAUGGCCGCGAGGAUGUCGAAACUGAUAUCCGUAGUGGCUCAAACUGCUUGGUUUGCAGUCAAGACGAGGAACACGAUCCAAGUGAAGAUUUUGAGGAAUGGCUCACUUGUGUUGUGUGUGGUGAUCACUCUCAUCGGCAAUGCGCUCGCGAACAAGAAGCAUAUGAUGAAACGGAAGACCCAUGGAGGUGUCCUAGCUGUGUUCAUAACAAUCUAGAGCCCGACACGAUAGCAAAUCCAGCGACAGAAACCGGACUCGGAGCCUCAGCCCUUCCCAAAGAGCUUCUACCUGCGCACGCUGGCACACAUGACGAGGGAUUUCAUUCUAUCUUUGAAACAGGCGUCGACGACGAGAUGCUCAAUAGCUCGCGAUCGCUACGCAAACGAAAGGCCUCGUCAAUCGAGGGCGAAGAGCACACACCUGUGCUUCGCAAGAGACUUCGACAAACAUCUUUCCGCUCCGAUCACCCGAUUUUGAACGAUGCGGCCUUGGAGGGCGGGGAUGCCACUGCUGAUGGUGAUGUCCACUCUCCUGCUCGGACACGUUCUGUACGCGUGCGACGCACUCGUGCAGUGGACCGGGAGCACUGCCGCGUGGUAUCUAGGCAGCUCUCAAAUCCGACCGCAACGCAAGAAGAAGAAAGCACCAAAGCCACCACCUGUGGCCCCAGAACCCCAGGCACAUUUCGUUCCCCUCCCCCCAUAUCCUACAACUCCAUGACUUUGUUCGACCGUGAAACCGACGACGCCAAAUCAAAACCAUAUGGAGGCAUUCUGUCCGAGAUCGAACAAGACACAUCCAGGACACUCCCCACACAAUUCGAUCGCGACCGAUUCGAACAGGCGCGUCUGAAAGCCGAAGAUGAAUGGCAACAGAAAGUGAAGGAAGCAGAACUCAAUGGCGAAGCCACCCCGCAUGCAUCACAAAAGGUUUCUGGUCCUCCUUCAAAGAUCAAAUCUAUCAACUUCGGUGGCUACGAAAUCGAAACUUGGUAUGCAGCGCCUUACCCGGAGGAAUACAGCCGCAAUCGUGUUCUGUACAUUUGCGAGUUCUGUCUCAAGUACAUGAACUCGGACUUCGUCGCCUGGCGCCAUAAACUUAAGUGCCCUGCGAAGCAUCCUCCCGGUGACGAAAUUUAUCGAGAUCGAUCGAUCUCAAUCUUCGAAGUUGAUGGGCGCAAGAACCCGGUGUACUGUCAAAAUCUUUGCCUUCUCGCAAAACUUUUCCUAGGCUCCAAGACUCUUUACUAUGACGUUGAACCGUUCUUAUUCUAUGUCAUGACUGAGUACGAUGAUCUGGGCUGCCAUUUCGUCGGCUACUUCAGCAAAGAAAAACGUCCAAGCUCAGCGAACAAUGUUUCCUGCAUUCUUACUCUACCCAUCCAUCAACGCAAAGGCUACGGAAACCUCCUCAUCGACUUCUCAUACCUCCUUACCCGAAUUGAAGGCAAAAAUGGAUCGCCCGAGAAGCCGCUCUCCGACAUGGGUCUGGUGUCGUACCGGAACUACUGGCGAUUGAUUUUGUCAUACCAACUUCGUGAUUUGAAGACGCCUGUCAGCAUUGCAGAUCUGUCUGAUCGCACCGGAAUGACGGCAGAUGACAUUGUAUCUGCUCUGGAAGGACUUCGAGCUCUCGUGCGGGAUCCAAUCACCAAGACGUACGCCAUCCGUCUCGAUCACAAAUAUUACAACGAGGUCAUCAGUGGCUGGGAAAGCAAGGGCUACAUCCAGCUCAACCCAGAUGCGCUGCUCUGGACACCUUACAUUAUGGGUCGUAGUAACCAGUCGCAUUUCGAUCGUGCUCCCAUACAUACCGUCGCCCCCCGAGAGGACCCGGAUGAAGAUGAAGAUGAGACCGAGGCAAGAGCGACCGACUAUGCGGGCAAUGUCCGAAUGGCGAAUGCGUCGGAUAGAGACACUCUCGCAGACUCCGCUGGACCGCCUUCCACAUUGUCUCUUGCACCUCAUGGCUCCCACCAUUCUACAGCGGGCACCUCUGAACCACCUGCAAUCCCCAACCCUGCAGCUGGAAUCCCACCCUCCCGGUUCGAACUUUGGCCUCCUGUGCCUCCCGCAGCACCCCCCAAACGCAGACCUGGUCGCCCAUCUGGUAGCACCAAACUCAAUAACAUGUCAAUGACACCCACACCUGCCCGUAAUAGCGGUCGCAACACACCUCGACGACCCUCCGGGCUGGCAAUGGUCACCCCUGGAGGCAGCAUUCGUCGUGGGAGAAGCUCUAUCCUCACGGGCUCGCCCGCAGCUGAAGCAACACCUAGCCAGGCCAAUGGUCUUGAAUUGGAGCAGAGCGAAGUUGUUGAGGAAGAAGCUCUCGUUGAUGAGGAUGCCGAGAAAAUGGCCCCUGUACCCGCAGAAGCCGCAGACGCGAGCGACAAAGAACCGGAGCGUGUCAAUGGAGAUGUUGCCCAAAAGGAACCUGCCAAGACCAAUGGCAUUGAUGCUGCCGAGUCCGAGCCAUCCGAGGACAAGGACACGGAAGCACCCAGGACGCCCGAGAAAAAGACCAACUCUAUCUCGAGGUCACCUGGAACAGCAGUGUCCCGUCGAUCCAACGAUAACCCCAAGACACCGCGAUCAGUCAACCGGAAGGCUUUGGUCGAGAAGGUUCACGUUAUGAUUCCCGCUGAGCCAGGAUCUGCUUCCAAGUCACCAGGCAAAGGUGAGGACCAAAAGGCCGUGGCCAAUACCAUUGGCACCGACGCAGAUUCAGACGCAGACGCAGACGCAGACGCAGAUGCGGAUGCAGAGGUUGACGCCGAGUACGAAGUGGAUGGGGAUGUCGUGAUGCAGACAUGA